AAAAAAAGAAGCGUAAACAGCGCAUUCUUCUUCGUAUGUUAUCAUGUAAACCCCAUUAAAAGAGUAUAGCGGGGGUCUCCAAAAUAGUAAAUAAAGACCGACUCUGUACAGAAAUAUUAUCAAAUUUUGUGUUGAUUUGUGUUUCGAAUGGACGACGAACACAACUCUGCUUCUAACUAUUCCAACUCCAAUUCGGAGCAGACGCAGUCUGAUCGGCCGGUCCGUGUCUACGCCGAUGGGAUCUACGAUCUCUUCCAUUUCGGCCACGCUCGCUCCCUCGAGCAAGCCAAGAAAUCGUUCCCCAACACGUAUCUUCUGGUUGGAUGUUGUAAUGAUGAAAUCACUCGCAAGUUCAAAGGUAAAACUGUAAUGACGGAAUCCGAGCGGUAUGAGUCUCUUCGCCAUUGCAAGUGGGUGGAUGAGGUCAUUCCGGAUGCACCUUGGGUGAUUAAUCAGGAAUUUCUGGACAAGCACAAGAUUGAUUUUGUAGCCCACGAUGCUCUUCCCUAUGCAGAUGCUAGUGGAGCUGGGAAUGAUGUCUACGAAUUUGUGAAAAAAGCUGGGAAGUUUAAGGAAACAAAAAGAACUGAAGGAAUAUCUACGUCCGACAUUAUUAUGAGGAUUGUAAAAGAUUAUAACCAGUAUGUAAUGCGCAACUUGGAUCGGGGAUAUACAAGAAAAGAGCUCAAUGUUAGCUAUGUGAAGGAAAAGCGAUUGAGGGUGAAUAUGAGGUUGAAGAAACUACAAGAGAAAGUGAAGGAACAACAAGAAAAAGUUGGCGAGAAGAUUCAAACCGUUGCAAAAACUGCUGGUAUGCAUCGCAACGAGUGGGUGGAAAAUGCUGAUCGAUUGGUUGCUGGAUUUCUUGAGAUGUUCGAAGAAGGAUGCCAUAAAAUGGGCACAGCCAUCAGGGACCGAAUUCAAGAGAGGUUGAGGGGGCAGCAGUCUAGAGAUCUGCUGCAAAAUGGCAAGGAGGAUGAGGGUGAGGAAGAAUAUUAUUAUGAUGAUGAUAAUUAUUACGAUGAUGAUGAUGACGACGACGAUGAUGAGUACUACAGUGAGAAAGAUGAAAAACAAGAUAAAUAAAUCUUCCUUUUCAUGCCCGAAUGUGGUACGGUACGUGGCAAAAUGUGCAUUGUUUUAGUGCUGCUUUAGUGUGGGGGUUGCUGUAAAGUUGCUAUACAACAGCUGGGGGAUGUGGAUGACGUUAUGUGGUAUUUGGAUAAGAUAUCGGAUCAUGGAUCUGAGUUUGUCUUGUUUCCAUUUCUCAUAGUUUGGCUGUCUGGUUGUUUUGGAUUUGCUAGGGAAAAUACUCAGCUUCCUGCGCUAGUGAUAACUCCUACUCCUAUGUGGUCUGUAUUUCAUCUAGUCAUGAAAAUGUAGUUUUUUUUUGAAUAUGAAAACAAUUGGAAAAUGUAGUAUUAUUAACUAGUUUAGAAUCUCUUAAAAAAAAAACUUUAAGAUUGUGCAUGGAUAA